CUCCGACACUUGCACUUAUGGUCACUAUCCACUGCCGUAAAUUUUAAGAAACUAAACACUCCACUACAGACAUCCUUCUCCGAUUUCAAGCGUCUUUCUGUGAUCGGUAAUGCCGUUAAUAAAUUGUCACAGCAUGUCUGACUCACUAGGCGAUGACAAUAACGAUUCGAGAACCGCCUCAGUUGGUACGCAACGUAAUCGCGCCAUCAGCGCCAAUGGGUCGCGACAGAGCUCCAUAGACAGCAAUCUGCACCCCAGGAAAAGACAACGAAGAAAUGAAAAGGCGGGCCCUACCGAUGCACGCGACUUUGUCCCUCAAGGUGCUACUUUCAGCGCAAACUCUUUAGAGGUUGACCCGGAUAGUACGUCCAGCUCGGGUUCCUCAGACAGCGACAAUGAAUCCGAUUCUUCGGACGAUGGGAACGAGACUUCUUCACAGGCUGGUCCUCAAUCCGCAGCGGCUCCUAAUUGGAAUAAAGCCAGUAAAAGUACGAUCCGGACGUCAUUGAGCAAAGGAGGAAGCCAGACAAAUGAAGGCAAACAGGAUUCCCGGUUUGAUGCGGUCAAUGGUAAAUACUGGCGCAGUCGUAGCGAAUCAAUCUCGACUGGCGGUGACAACGAUAGUAGUGAUGAUGGUUCAGAAGAGGGAGAAGUGCAGGAAGAUGAUUUGGCCGACUCUAGCCAAAUGCAUCUAUCUGGAGAUUCCGACGACUCAUCUCUGGACUCAGAGGCCGACGACUCGAUACUGUUGAAUAUUGGCUCUCGUGAUCAGACACAGAAUUCUAGCCUGAAACAAAACGGGAGGCCGCCGCUAGAAAAUGAUGAUUAUGAUCCAGAGUCUCUCUCGGUUUCUCGGGGCCAUGCUAACGGGCAAACUAUGGAUGGGGCUGCACCAAACACGUCAAAGGAAGAGGCAUUCCGUCACUUCGCUCGAAAAUACCCAACAAAUCCCUCAACCCUGGCUGAUCUUAAUCGUGAAGAUAUGGAAGUCCAAGCCAAGGUUAUCUUCUACGACCGUGAUAUUAAUGACAUCGACCUUCAAUUGCCCGUGGCCUGCACUGAAUGCACGCGGGAGGGUCACCUUGCUGAAAUGUGCCCAUCAAAGGAGGUGCGUUUUGAAGCUCGCCGGUCCACUUCGUUGAAGCGAUCAUCCCAUUACUUUAGAUACUACGAGUACUGACGGAUUGCAGUGUGUGCAUUGCGGCGCCUGG